AUGAACUUUGAUAUGGAAAGGAGAGACGCAGAACUCUCUGAUGCUGAUUCUCUGGCGUCCACCGCCGAGAGCGAGCAACAAGAAGAGUAUGAAGUGGAGACGAUUCUUUUCGAGGAUGAAGACAACGGUGUUUACCUUGUCAAAUGGGCGGGUUAUCCUGAAAAUCGGGCAACCUGGGAGGGCCCCGAAAGCUUCCAAAAUCUCAAUGAGACUAUGAAAGACUGGAAGCAGACGAAACGAGAUAUCAGACAGGGACUACGAGAUCCAUUUGAUAUUGAUAAAUGGGAACGGCAGCAGAAGAGGCUCCAGAGAAACAAAGAGCGUCGACAGAGAGAACGCAGGAUCAAGAGAGCUAAAAAGGCCAGAAUGAGGGCCGCGCGACUCAAAAAAUCCGGUUCCAAUCUAUUGAAUCGUUUUUCUGACGAUUCUAACAAAGAGCCUUCUCAUCUCGGGAACGAUGACAAUGCCCAGGGAAUCCAUGCGCAAAGAAUCAUCGAUCAAUCCAAUACCAAUCUCGGAUCUCGGAGGCUGUUUUCUGAUGAUGAGAAUGGUUCCGACAAAGGCGAAGAGCCUUUCCAUCCCGGAGGUGAUGACAAUGCGCAAGAGAUCUAUGCACCAAGCGAUCCACUUCCUGAGCAAGUCUCAAGAAUCGAGAGUAACGAAAGAGGCAUCAACAUCGAUCUCACAGCGGAAAAAGACGCUGACCCUCCGGUUCAGGGCACCAUGUCAAAAAGGCCCGCCUCGGUCCGUUCAGGUUCUUCAAGUAGCUCUUUAUUUGUGUCCGAGAUUGUACCUCCAGUCCUCUACGUAUCCACCAAGACCAGCGAAGCCAAUCAGGACGAGAUCGAAAAUCAUGCAAUUCAGCUUCAUCGGGAGCUUGAGUGCCAGCUAAGCCAGAGUUCUCCUCCUCGAACACGAUCUCGAAGUGAGCAACAAACGGGAAGUGACCAGCACAAGAAAGCCCCACGCCCAGAAGAACCGAGGCCACAGGAGCAUCCUCAACAACAAACUACGCGACAAGAGCCGGCUCGGCAAAAGCAGAGCUUACAUCACCAGGAGAUUUCCCAUUUGCCAUCAGCUCAACCAGCGCAUUCACCACGGAUGCAUGAAGAGAGAUCCCAAAAACAGCAGCCUUGGCCGACACAUCUGCAAUCAAAACAACCAUCGGUGACAGCGCGUCCUCCACCUCUUCCCUUGUUCUCUGAACCAACACCCGCUCCGUCUACCUUUGGGACUGCGCCCAAGCCGACUCGAACAGUCCGCCCUCGUGAUUUAAGAGAUGGCUGGGCACCAGACGUCAAUGAUAUAGAACUCUUGAGGCCAUCAGACUACUCUGCAAGAGGUGAUGGAGCGGAUUCCACCGCAUUGACAAUGAUCCGGUCAACAGCUACAUCUCAACCCUCCCCCAGCCUUGGAAACAAGGCCAAAGAACCCAGCACUAUGACCUCAAGUUCUGCAGCAAAUUCUACACUGAUCCCAACCGGACCCCGCCUAGGAGGUUCGAGGGGUGUUCAAGGAGGAAGGUCAGGUAAGCCCUCAAGAGCCACCCAGCUCGACGAUGCCCCGGCGUUACGUUCUAUGUGUGAUAGCUGGCGCCCAGAUCGUGAUGGUCCCCACAGGCGAGUUACUGAUGGGAACCCGUAUUCCUAUGGCGGAGAAGAUAGCUAUCGGCCGAGCCGCUCCAGAGUUAGCGAAACCAUAGAGCGACCAGUCUCUUUUGACGGUGAUUCAUCUCGUGGGCGAUCUGACACAUAUCGUGAAGAAUUGCCCAAUAGACGUAGAUCGCGCUCUCGAUCACGGUCUCGCUCGCCCCGACCAACUGGGAACCAGUCGUCUACGACGUCCGACAAGGACUCAUCUAGGCCUAGCGCACCAGCAAGGCCUACCACUUCCCACGUCGAAUCAAAUUCAAGCCCGAUAGCUCAGAGGGCGCCUCCAUCCCAAACCCGGCUGGUUCCUACCAGGGCAGAAAUGACUGCAGAAGACCACAUUGCUGAGAUGCCUGUCGGCACAUUCAAGGGGACGAAGCAUGGAGGGAGGAUGGUUCAGGGUGGUUAUUUCUGGAAUCAGGGAGAGGUCCUUGUGCACGUGUACUUUGGCCCGGGAAAGAAUUUUGUUGGCAUUGUACGGUUAUGUGGGUUGACUAGUGGGCCGAUAUCUGAACUUCUUGCUUCUAAGCGUGCAACGGGUUCUGGGGUGCAGACGGAGAUGUGGUUCAAGGAGGUCUGUACGAAGAGCCAAUAUGACGCACUCUGUGACCAGGUUUGA